UGUGAGGGCGCGGAUAAUCGCGGCUUAAGAGAUCGCCGAUCGAUCGGUUUAUAUAUAGCGACCGAUCUGCUGACCCCUUUCAGUCGGAUUCCACAAAAAACUGCGCUGCGGCCCGGAAAUGUCGCUAAUUAACUUGAAAUCGAAAGAUAUGUACGACGAGCCCAUUAAUAUGUGGAGGACCAAGCAGCGCGUCCAUUAUCACCACGAUGUUAUAUCGAAAGGAAAUGACAGUCACAGAUCCUCCGAUGCCUGUGAAUACAUAACCAUAACAGCGCCAAAGAAGUCGGCUUCGUUCUCAAGAUCCCCUCCGAACUCGCUGCCCCCUUCGGUACCCGGAACACCUCGUCACUCGGUAGCCAACACCUCGAAUCAGGUGAUCCGUUACGCCAGAACGUCCUGUGAUCACUGUGGGCACCACAGCAUUCCGGUCAUGUCGCCGCAUCCCAUCUCACCGCUGGCCAAGUCCCAGACGAACCUGGAUCUCGUGGAGCAUGGCAGCCAGCGGCAGGCUCUCCUUCCUCUGCCCACCAUUGGAAUGCACCACGAAGACUCCGCCUGCACCUUGCAGGUGUCCCGGAGACCAUCGCUGCUCCUUCAGGAGAUCCUUACCCAGAGACCACCGCUCUUCGGGCGGAAGGACGCCAACGGCUUCCUGUCGCCAAGAAGUGCAAAAAAUGGUAACCUGCAGGGAACAGCGAGCGGCAGUACAGCGACCAUUAAUUUCCAGAGUGGGACGACGAGUGCCAGGAACGGAUCCACCGCCUUCUUCGACAAUGGUGCCAAGAGCUUCCAGGCCAAACAGCAGAAGGAGAAGAACCGACGCACAGGCAAUGAUGCCAUAAGCUCAGCGCUCUCCGCCACCUAUUGCAAGCUGCUGGUACUUCUUGGCGUUUGUCUGCCGAUCACAGAAGUAAUAUCCGACCAGAUUCCGACCUAUGUCUACCAGGGAUUCUACGUGUACCUCUAUGUGGGCAGCAUCCUCUUCGUGAUCUUCCUGUACAUCAGCGCCUUCCGAAAUCGAUCGCUUUUCAAUGCUUUAAAGGACUAUCAUGAAAAGAACAACAAUGUGCAUCUGAAGCAUAAGGUGACCCAUUUUGGCAGCUUUUACCUGAGAGUGGGAGCCAUUGCCUUUGCCAUUGGAACCAUGGUGUAUUCCGGUCUGGAGUUUGGCCAGUUCUUCGAGCUGAAUGGCCAUCCCGGAUGUCGAGAUGUCUUCGUGGCCAUCACGCCCAUCUGCCGAAUGAUCCUGUGCAUCGCCCAGGUGCAGUUCAUUUUCCUGAACACCACCUACAUGGACAUGGCCCGGCACAAGGUCACCUCCAGAUUCGGACUGAUGCACAUGGUAGCCACCAACCUGUGUGAGUGGCUGUAUGUCCUGGUGGAAGAGACCAAGCACGAGAUUUUCCACAUCGGCCAACACGAAGUGGAUCCAGCCCACGAGCAGGUCAUACAUAAUUUCACCACUAGCAGAACGGAUUGGACUGCUGUCAAUGAGUCCCUGCAUCAGCAUCAUCCCCAUCAUCCACUCAACCAAACGCUGCUGACCAAUUUAAGCUCCGUUAUCGCAAACAUCACGUUGACUCCUUCCCCCACGGCGGCUGCCUUCAGUGGCUGCUCCCGCACCACGAUUAUGGGAGCUCUGGUCCAGCAGCUGUCCCCUUUCCUGUUCCCCUGCACCAUUGAGUACUCCCUGAUCUGCGCCGUGAUCCUCUUCGAAAUGUGGAAGACCGUCAAGUCCAUUCCGGACAUCGAUAAGUCUCGCAAGAAUUCCGUGAAGCCAGUGACCGCUAAGCCCGCCCACCACUUCUCCGUGGAUUGCUCGGAGUCGCACAAAGGACUCUUCUUCGGCAUCCUGAUCAUAGUCAUGACCAUUAUCUCCAUGAUCAUGUACUUCGUGCUGUACACCCAGCCUGGGUACGAACUGGUGGCCACCCAGGAGGUCACUCUUUGGGAGACCUUCAUGUACUUCAUGUGCGCCUCUGCUGUGAUAACGGGCAUGAUCCUCAUGCGCGAUCUGAAAUACAUCAAGGAAAACGGCGAAGAGCACCACUCGAUGCACUUGGACAACCUCCUGCUGAUUGUGGCCCAGACUGGAGUCUACUUGUACGGAAUGUUCAGUAUCCUGGGCAGUUACUUUGCCAAAUGGGACACAGUACCCGAUCGAGUCGAGGGCAUCAUAGCGGAGGUCUUCGGAGUGGUGCAAACCUCACUGCAGACCAUGUUCAUCCUGCACGCCAGUCAUAGGCGAUGCAAGGGUGCCAAGCAGGUGAGGAGGAAGCCUGGCAGGGAGAUUAUCACGUUCCUGCUGGUGGCCAAUAUUGCCAUCUGGUUUGUGAAUACCCUGAUCAAGGGGCGAGCCGUUUUCCGGGAGUCCCAUCUGGAGUUCUUUGGCGUCUGGGGCUGGACCAUCAUCACCCACAUCUCCAUGCCGCUGGCCAUCUUCUACCGCUUCCAUUCCACCAUUUGCCUGUUUGAGGUCUGGAAAAUCACCUACAAGGCCAAGGCUCAUUAGUGGCUAAGACGGACCUUUUGAUUAGUUUUCUCUAGCUUUCCUUUGACUAAGUUAAUUUAAAACUCAAGCGUCUACUUGUGAGCAUUAGUUAAUUUAUGUUUAAGAGCGAAAUUUGUUGACAUUGCUGGAACAAAAUAAAGAUUUAAUUUAUUCAGA